AUUCCAGUCAUUCUUCCGACUCCAUUCAGAAGUAGAGUACAUUUUUAAUUGCACGGAAACAUUUAAGAUUAUGGAUUUCAACCAAAUUUGGGUUUGGUUCCAAAAUUUUGCUGUGGUUCCCUCCAACUGGGGUUACCUCCUGCUUGGCGUCAUUGGGGUUUGGAUACUGUACAAAUUUAUACGGAAUCCAAGACGUUUUCUCUGCAUUCUAAGAACAAUACCGAGAGAUUUUGGGGUCCUUCCAACUCUAUUAUGCUUAAAACGAGAUCUGCGAAAGUUUCAGAAUGGCAACUAUACAAUAUUCAAGGCUUUUGACCAUGUCGUAAAACGCGACCCAAAGAAAACUCUGAUCUACUUUGAAGAUUUUAAAAUGACGACUGAAGAGGUUCAGCAACUGAGUUAUCGUGUCGCCAAUUACUUCAAAUCUCUUGGCUUCAAGAAAGGCGACACGGUUGGAAUUUUCAUGGACAACUGUGCGGAAUAUGCAGCCUUAUGGCUAGGACUUUCUCGGAUCGGAGUAGUCUCUGCCCUAAUUAAUUACAACCUACGUCUAAAACCCUUAAAACACUGCAUUGAAGCUGUGAACUGUAAAGCUGUAAUUUUCAGUGCGGACCUUUCUGAUGCUCUGAAGGAGUUGAUGGAAACUUUAGGCGCUCUUGCGGGUGACCCAACCCUUUACUACUUUGUGGAUGGGUCGCAAGUAUCACGAGCAACGUCAGAGAUACAAUCUCCCAAAUGUUCUCUCUCAUUUGUCCCGGAUCUGAACCAAUUGCUCCAAAAUGUCCACGCAGCACCUCCUCUUGUCUCUGAGUCCCUUGGUUUCAAUGACCGCGCCAUGUUUAUCUUCACCUCGGGGACUACAGGUCUCCCAAAAGCAGCGUCUAUUAAGCAUUCGCGACUUUUCUUGAUGGGAACCAGUUGUUAUUACGUAUCAAGUCUUGGGCGUGAAGACGUCAUGUACACGUCACUCCCGCUCUAUCACGGAUCCGGAACUAUGUUUGGAACGGGAAUCACACUGAUUUACGGAACUUCGCAAGUAAUUCGGAAAAAGUUCUCCGCCUCGAGUUUCUGGAGUGAUUGUAUCAAGUACAAAGUGACGGCUGCACAAUACAUUGGCGAAACUUGUCGGUACAUCUUGGCUCAACCACCAUCGUCACUGGAUAAGGCACACACAGUUCGAGUCAUGUUUGGAAAUGGAUUACGGAGUGAAAUUUGGGGGAGCUUUGUGACCAGAUUUGGAGUCAAAAUAAGAGAAUGUUAUGGAAGCACGGAAGGAAAUUGUGGCAUGGCAAAUAUGGACGAUAAAUUGGGAGCUGUAGGAUUCGUUCCUAUAUGGGCUCCAAAUGUUCUUCCUCUCCGACUUAUCAAAGUGGACGAGGAGACUGGCGAACCCAUUCGUGAUCCUAAAACAGGGUUCGUUUAUAAGUGCGGACAAGAUGAACCUGGUGAACUCGUGGGAAGGAUCAUCAAAAAGAAUCCCAUGACAGACUUUGAAGGGUAUGCUGAUAAGAGCUCAACGGGUGGAAAAAUUCUUGAAAAUGCGUUUCGAAAAGGGGACUCUUGGUUCAGGUCUGGAGACGUGUUGGUGCAAGAUGAGCUUGGCUAUUUCUUUUUCCGAGAUCGCAAAGGAGAUACUUUCCGCUGGAAAGGAGAAAACUGCUCAACCGCCGAAGUGGAGUCAAUUAUCAGCACAAUCAGCGGCCUGAAGGGGACCACUGUGUUUGGCGUGGAAGUUCCUGGGACCGACGGGCGUGCAGGAAUGGCGGUCAUGUCCGACCCUGAAAACUCUCUGGACUUGCAUCAACUGGCAAUCGGGGUCAUAAAAUCUCUCCCGUCUUACGCUCGCCCACUCUUCCUUCGCAUCCUGACCACAGAAAUUGAGAUGACGGGAACGUACAAACUGAAGAAGAACGAGUAUCAGAAGUCUGGAUUCAACUUGAAUCUCAUCCAGGACAAAGUUUAUUUUUUCAAUGGGAAGCAAUACCUUCAAAUGGACAAACAAAUGCACGAGGAUAUAAUAUCUGGUAAAAUAAGAGUUUAGAAGAAUGAAUUUAGUAGUGUAGGCUAAAUAUCCGAUUUAAUACUUAAACUAGUGAUUUUUUAUAUGUACAUAUUCAUUAAACAUCACUUUUGGUAUUUUAAAUUUUUACUGUAAAUAAAUUCGUAUUGAUAAAU